AUGCGAUUGAGCGGAGCGUUGCGUCGUUGUGCUUCGGUGCUUUUCCUUGCGCUGUUCCUCGUGUUACUCUUCCACUUUUUCUACACGCUUUUCCAUCAACCACCGCCUUUCGCACAACCAUCAUACACCAGAAUUGAGUAUGUCCAAGACUCUCCGAAAUAUGUUCCAUAUCCAAAAAGGAAAAACAUGGACAGAUGUGAACACAUUUAUGGAAAAGUUACAAUUUUUAUCGGUGCCAACAAAGAUUCAUUCAAAGAACAUUACAAAGUCUCCCAUUCAACACUGCAAUGCUACUUGAAAGGCACUGACUAUGAGUUGCGUGUUGUUGACAUCUACAAUGAUCCAAGAGUGACAGCAAAAUGUAGUCAUCAUCAUGAUAUAAUGUUUCAUCGUCACUGUGCUCUUGCUCAAUAUCUCAAUGAAAGCGAUUGGUGGCUGGUUAUGGAUGCUGAUACAGGUGUGGUGAAUCCAGAGCAUUGCAUUGAGGAGUUUAUCGAUCCAAGAGUUAAUUUCGUUUUCUAUGAGCGAUUUUUCAACCUCGAAGUGAUGGCGGGCAAUUGGAUUGUGAAAAACACACCAUUCGCCAAGAAAUUCAUCGAAGAUUGGGCGAAUUGGGAGUUCCGACGACCGAAUCUUCCAUUUGGGACAAAUGACAACUGUAUACUUCAUAUGAAUCUCCUCGAGCAUCUCUUCAACGAAACAUCGCCAAGAUCGGUGGCGAUGUGCGAUGAGAUUUGGAGAAAUCGAUCAAAAGAUUAUUGGUCCUACUUUGGAAUGGUUUUCUGUGCAAAAACAAUGUUUGGCGCAAACCGAUUUUGGCCUGGAAAGUUUAAGAUUCUGCCGAAAGGACAAGGCUUUGCAAGAGACGCUUUCUUGACCGAUCAAAAGUUUUCCGAUCGCGAUUUCCUUUAUCAUGGGUGGAAACAGAUGAAAAUUGGUGAAGAUGGCUGGCAAUCGCCGUACGAGAAAAUUCCGGAGAUUGAGAAAUGCCGAGAGGGUUCAAUGGAUGGAUGGUAUUUUCGAAAAGACGCAAAAGUUGACGAGAAGAAAAUCCUUGAAUCGUUGAUGGGUAUGGAGACGGGUUACAUGAAAGAGGUUCCAGAGGUAGCUCGAGUGAUCCCUUGGCUAACCGCUUCAGAGCUCAAAGAUUGUUUUCCAAAUUGUAUGGACUCGAGGAAGCUU